AUAUAUGUCAGUGCACGGGGCCAGCACUUCUGCAGUGUAACCGUACAGUUACCAUGUAUACAGUGUCCUGCUGGUGGGAGGGCAGGGUGACAUGUUACACACACACACACAGAGAAGGAUUCUAUUUUAUUGUCUUAAGAAGAAAAUGCUUCUGUUUAGAUAUCUCUGUCAUGAUAUUAUAAUAAAGAUUAAUUUUCCUUCAAAUUAAAGUGCAGGUCACGUCGGUGGUGCUCUUUAGGUGGUCAUUGUUUUAAACAACAUUUCACUUGUGGUCCAUGUGGGGCAGAUGCAGGCCUUUAGUGGUCCACACCUGGUCUUGAGGUAGCCAGAAUGUGGGCCACAUGUUGGGCCUAAAUUAAACCACAGCAGUGAGCUUCUGCUGGACAAACUGAAACUUCCUGUUUUCAGAUCCUGGUUCUUUGUUGUCUUUGUGCUUUGUUUCGAAAGUGACUGGUAAAACAGUUAAAUACGCUUCCACUAGGUGGUAGCAGAUGGUUCUUUUCUUUUUUUAAAGAAGAUUUUCAUGUAUCUUUCUUCAAUGUCUUCUAAUAUUCAGCCCUGUUGGCUGGUGUUCAACUAAACAGGCCCAGGUUUCACACUGAGGUAAACUGUAAUAUUCUGAUCCAUAUACAUUUGGUGGUGCACUGUGGGAUUCUUUCUAGUGUAAAAUAUGUGGUCGUGGUGUGAAGAGGUUAGUAAGAACUCUGUUAAAGGACAUUCCUGUGUUUUCCAUAAUAACGACUGGUGUAAAGUUUUUAUGAUUUUCCUGUAAAUCAGUUCUGAAACAACAACAAAAAAAAUACAAAGACAUAAAAAGCAGAGCUUAAAUGUAACAAAUAUAGUGUUAGGCUAUAAUAUAAAACAGCUCACUGUCUUACUGGUAACCCAGACAACUAUGUUUUAUCCUCCUACUCGUUUCUCUCUCUCUCUCUCUCUCUCUCCCUCCCCCCCCCCAUCUCUCUCUCUCUCUCUCUUUCUUUCUCACCCUGGUCUCUGUCUUCUUCAUUCACACUCUAUUUCUAUUCUGUCCUCCCUAAACUACUCCUCCCAUGGUUCCUGGGGUGUAAAGUGAGUCCAGCUACGGGUGCCUGUGUGGUUUUGAUACUCAGGCACGUUGGAGAGGCGCAGCAGAGACUGGGGCGCACCAGAGACAGAGCUGGAAUCGCAGAGACACGGACGCACGGGCGCCCGCAUACAGGGGAGUCCCGCUCCUGUGACCAGAACGAGAGGACGGGGCUGGAGCGCAGUCAUGUCAGCGCCUCAGCCGGCCAGGAGAUCGUGAACCAACGUCACUGACUGCAGUUUUUGCGAAAAUCCCCACCGUUGACUGAUUUGCUGUCACAUCUUUUGUGGGUGCAGAUAUUGACGUGAGCCAGAGGAAAAGGAGGACGUUCACUGGAGACGCUGAUGUCGGAGGACUGGCUCAGAUGAAGGGGAAAUGCUGGCAGCUGACGGCUGCAGCCGUCCACACUGCGGCUCCGUGACCUGGGAGAGGAGAGGAGCGAAGACCCGCCGCUGCUGCAGCCGCCGCCGCCGCCGCUGCUGCCGCCGACAGCCGCGCCAGUCAGCACUGACACCGCAUCAGCUCCAGCUGCCAGCAGCGCCAACCUCCACUCUCUCUGUGCUCCUGGCAACCAUGGGCAAACGGGAGCAGAGGGGAGAGGCAGAAGUAUGUGAGUUCUCCACUGCAGUAUUGAUGACCCAAUGAUCCCCUGCACAACAGAGCCAGUCAGGCAGACAGAGUGAGGCUCAACUCAGAAUCAGAAUCAGAAUCAGAAUCAGCGCCACGACCAGUGGAAAAAAACAAACCACCACUCGGGGUAUGAAUGGUUCUUAAAUCUACUCGGUAGCCUUUAGUGGAAGACGGCUACAAAUCACCCCUCCAUCUUCUCGUCUACCAACAAAACCGCACACUGAAUGAGUGGCCUGUCCGAUCACCUCUUUCCCGGCCAAUCAGGGGCUCCGUUGGGCUGUGGUGGGAACCAGGUGGAGGAGAAAAGCUGCGUGGGGAUACUCGAGGAGCUGGAAGGCUCUGAGCUUUGGACCAGGGAACUAGAUUUCCAGGCGGACUCCCAGGAUCCCUCUAGCGAUGGACUGGUUCAGGUGACAUCCGACCACUUUGCCAACCCGUCUCCUGCUGCGCUGGCCAACGGACUCCGCCUGCAGAGAAGGCUGGGCUACAGCUCCUGCCGACGGAGGCAGACUCAAGUCCACUCUUCCGCCGAGACGCACUCCUUCGCAGAGACUCUGAGAAAUAUGCAAACACGCAUAGACCCAGAUAUUCAAGGACCUGCCGUGUCACACGCACAGGUGGAUAAUGGUGCACACAUGGAUAUCAACUCACACACAGUGUCUGUAGGGUCUGAACACCUCAGAGCUCUCACUCCAGAGGCCAUGCACACGCCCUCACCUAAACCCUUGUCUUUGGUACUUGGUAAUCACCCCGUCUCCACCAAUCAGCAGGCAGCUGCAGUCCUGGCAGAGGAGAAAGACUUCUCCUCAACCUUUUGUCCAGUCCCAAUUGGCCCAGACCCGACUCUGACCUCCUCGUCUCACCCCGUGGAGGCAGAGAAAAAGUAUGCACUCCGCAGCUCCGGACGUCCCCGCUUUCCCUGCAACCUGCGCAAAUCCUCUCGACUUCGCCGAAGUUUAGAGGACGUGGAAAAGACGGCGGUGAAGGAGAAGGAACUGGAGGAGCAGAACAAAGUGCUGGAAGAGGCGAUCUGGAAGAUUAAAGAAGAGGAGGCAGCGAUCUUUGAGAAAGAUGAACACCCGCCUGUGAAUGCUGUUCUCCCCCCGGCUCCGUGCCCUACAGAUGUAGCGCCGACUCUACCUGUUCAACCCAGACCUGCUCCCAAAGCUUUUAAACCUGGGCCCAGACUCGGACACAGGCCUGGGCCUAAAUCUAGGUGUAAGCCUGCACCGAAGUACGUCCAUAAAGCAGCUCCGAAAAGUAUCCUGAGACAGCGCCAGGCGGCACUGGCUCGGUGUGUGGCCCAAGGUCUGUCGUCGAUGGACGCCUCAAACAUUCCUGCGUCUCUGUUAGCUGUGAAGGAGGAACCUGAUUUGGGACUGUACCCUCCCCACAACCAGACAACGAGACAUAAACGUUAUGUUGGUGUGAGGAAGAUUGUUGUUAAAGUUGCGCGUAUCCCUGUCAGCCUGAGUCGCAGACAGAAGAGCUACAAGAUCUCUAAUUUGGAGACAGUGGCGGGAACAGAGAAGAGCACUGACGGCAGCAUGGAAGGCCCAGAGAUAGCCCGGGAGCCAACUGCACUUCUCCGCAUGAAGAACAACGGGAAGGGCGUUAUGGUGAUGUUCCCUCCUGGAGAACUGCCUGUUAUUCUGAAACGCAGACGAGGGCGACCACCUAAACAGCCGGUGCCAGGGAUACCAGGAGAGCCUCCAGCUGCUGCUAACACCGGUGGUAACGGAGAGCAGCCCAAAAAACCCCGGCGACGGCGUCGAACUAAACUCCCCUGUCCUUUCCCAUCGUACGUAAAUGACACUAACGACGUGAAAACAGAAUAUGCCGACGUCCUGUCCAAGCUGGCCUUCUUGAACCGACAGCCUCCUGCCACUGGCCGCUGCUCUCCACCUCGAUGCUGGACGCCCAGUGAGCCGGAAAGUUUUCAAGCCUCCUUGGAAAACCCCGGCAUAUCCACCCUACUCCACAGGCUCGGGGGCAGCGAGCACAGUAAGAGCACCUUCAGUGACUUCUUUGAAUCUAUCGGCAAGAAGCGGAAACUGAGCCCGCUCACCGAACACGGACAGCCACGGAAAAGGGGUAAGGGGGUGGGUGGGGUAGGGAGGGGUGGCGGUGUUGCAGGAACGGAGCCAGGGGGGGAGAAAAUAGUCAGGAAGAGACGGAUGAGGAAAAAUGGGGCAUUUAAAGAGGAGGGCUUUUCGAUGGGCCCAGACUGGCCUAAUGGGGCAGGAGGCUGGGAGGAGGGCUGCAUGGAGAAGGAAAAGGGUCUGGGUGGGUUUCAGCUCUGCGGCUCUGUGAGGGGAGGCUUUUCCUCCUGUGAACUCAGCAGGGGAGGCACCUACAGCAGUCCAGGGGGAGGGAGAGGGGGAGGGCCAGCAGGGGAGGACUCCCAGGGCCUUUUCCCUGGAUAUUUCCGGUCCCUGCUGGACUCCGACGACUCCUCAGAUCUGUUGGACAUCUCGCAGACAGACUCCCGCAAACUGUCCUCCACCCCUGGUUAUGAGCCAUCCAGCCCAGCCUCUGGCCCCAGCUGGACUCCUGGGUUCUCCAAGUGGUGCUCCAAAGGAGCCAGCACUGCAGGGGAGAGUUCAGGUCAAACACAUAGCUCCUCAUCCAAGCCUCCGUACAGCUACGGCCUGGCCCAAACAUCACCCACCACCUCCACCUACCCCAAAUCCACCCCUUCGUCUCUGUCGCACUCCCCUGGCUCACCUCACCCUGCCUCCUACGGGCAGUUCUCCUCUGGCUACUCCUCCUCCUCUUCUCCUGCGGCCUCACAGAGAUCCUCAGACUGCAGCUUUGCCUUUGGGCCCGGACACAGCGGAGGAAAAGGCGCUCCUGCUGGACACAUGGGUUACUCUGGUUACCAGGCAGCAGCCAAGAGAGGGUUUGGAUUUCCUCACUCCUUAAUGGUUCGUGGAGAGACAGCAGGGCCGUCAUCACCUGGAGGAGGAUACAUGUCCAUGAACAGAGGGAGUCCAUUCAGCUCCGCCUCCUCUCCAGACGGAUUCAAACCGUAUGGUUCCAGCCAGUGGAGCUACAGACAAGGUUACGGUGGCUGGCCGUCAGAGGGCUUUGGUUCCCAGUAUCACGGCUACAGUGAGUACGGCUCCAACGAGUCCAAAGACAUCCUGGAUAUUUCUAACUACACUCCACAGAAGGCUAAGAGACAGACCUUCCCUGAGAGUCUGUCGGAGUCGUCCUCGGACUCUUCGCACCUGGGCCCUGUCGCCACCACUAAUGGUCCCGUCUCCGCCGGUGGCCCGUUCAAACUCAGCGAGCAUGCUCCUGGGAGCGGAGAUGGGGGUCAGUCCAGUCUGUCUAGCCUGGAGAAGCUGAUGAUGGACUGGCAUGAGAGCGCAUCGGGCCCCUCGUACAACUGGAGCCAGAAUGUUCUCUUUCAGGGCGGAGGAACCGGCAAACCCGGCCGCGGACGCAGGAAACGAACUGAACCGCAGACAGAAAAGGAGGGGGUCUCUGCUUUACACUCUGACUCACAGUCCAGUCCUUCGCCGACGCCUGCACCCGGACCUAAGCGCGGAGGAGGCGGUGGACGGGGCAGGGGGUCCAGAGGAGGCAGAGGGGGGCUGUCUUCGUGUCAGAGGGACAGACCCUCGGGUCGAGGCAGGGCUAAGGCUGUUCCUAGUUCUGCCGCAGCAGGAGUCAUGUCUGCUCCGGAAAAUUCUGGACUGUUCCAGGAGGUGCUGGACUAUUACAGUGGUGACAGUAGCAGCCUCUCCCCCUUGGCCACGCCCACUCCUGCACCAGCUUCCAGUUUCCUCCAGGACCCCUGUGAAUACCCCUCCCCUUAUUCUGCCCAUCCUUCUACACCUUCGUCUGAAGAGCGAUAUCCAGCCUUGUUCCCUGGAGAGUCCUCCUCCUCCCUGUCACCGAGUGUCUCCUCUCCUCCUUAUCCUCCCAAACCCACGCCUCCUCCACCAUCUCAGUCCUACCACCCGGUCCCGUCCAGAACCUUCUCUCCCUCUUGUUCUCCGUCACCCCGGGUAACGCCACACUGCAGCACCGCAAUGAGUCCCCCGCACCGCCCUCCUCCGAAGGACCCACAGUUCCCCCAGUACGACUCGCCCAGCUACUGCAGCUCCCCCUACUGGUAUGGACAGACAUCACACAGUGGCAGCCCCAGUCCCCAAACGCACGGCGCACACUCAAACACGCACAGCAGCCAACACACGAGCCCGCACGGAAACCCAAUCGCAAGUCCAAACGCCAACACACACUCACAGCUCGUCCAGAAUCCUCACGAAACUCACCAUCACAACACACAACCUCACACCAACCUGAGCUCGCACACCAACACCCAUUCCAACUCCCAUCUCCAGAGCAACUCUCUCACCCACUCCAGCCCUCCCCCUAAGGGUCAGUCCCACCAUAACACGCUCGCCAACGCCAGCGCUCACCUCACACACUCCAACCCCAGCCCCGGCCUCCUCUCCCACUCCACACCCAUGCUUUAUGAGGAGCUGAGCCCUCCCUCCGCCAUCUUCUCCCACAAGCGGGAUCUGACCCCCCACCUUAUGAGCACAGGUCAUCGCCAAGUCCCCCUGCCUCACCCCUCGUAUCCCAAACCUUCUCUGGACCUCACGCCUCAUCAGGAGGACGCUGGUGGCUUCUCCCUCUCCCACCAGUCCUUCCAGGGCAUGGGACAGCAUUACCCGUCCCAGGUGGCUCAGGGGGGAGGUGGGGUGUUGUGCCAGCUCCUGGACCCAGCCAAUGAUGACAGCUUCAGUGUCACCAGCCUGUAACAGCAGGUCCAUUGAGUCCAAGCUUUUACAGAUUUGCAAGCUUUUUUUUUUUUUUUUCACGUUUUUUUGACUUCUUUUAAGUGACUGUGAAAUGAAGGGUGAGAAUUUAGCCUCCAGCUUUGGACAGUAGAGCUUUAAUUCUCCAGCAAUGACAAUCAGAAUCAGCCACAACUUUAAAGACAAACCCCCCCCCACACACACACACAUAUAC